AUGUUAAAGGUUCAAUCUUUCAAAAUUGUGUCACGUCCCUCGCAAGUCCCAGGAGCUUUGCAUUUUGGAGAAAGGAAUACUACAAUAACCAGCUAUGGAGUUCAAACAAAUUCUUCGUCGAAGAAAAAAUGUGGUCGUGUUAAAGAUCCAACUUUUAAGUUUCUUGUUCUUCUUCAAAUCGCUGCAGAACGUGAGAUAGCAAAGUCCUUAAUUGGAGGUACCAUUCUUGAUUAUCUUGGAGCUAUUGGGGUUGUGGCAUUUGACUCUAUGUUGUUCAAUAUCAAUUUCAGAUCCAGUUCGAUUUUUCCUCGAACUAGCAGUUUUGUUCUUGUCUUCCUACUUUUCUUGCUUUUCCAGCUUAAUAUGAUUGGCCUAGCCUUUAUGCUAUCAUCUUUCAUUAGCAAAUCAUCUUCCGCUACAACCGUUGGUUUCCUUGUGUUUCUGAUUGGUUUCAUGGCACAUGAUUGGUUUCAUGACACAUGUUCCUCAAAUUUUGUUGACUUCUUAUUGGUGUAA